AUGCCCGCCAGGGAUCCCGCCAAUUCUCCCCGCCCGCUCAAGCAAGUGGCGAGCAGCGGCUCGUCGUCUCCAAACAGCGUACCCCAGUCGCCAAUUGUACACUGGAAAUCCUUUACUUCGCGCAUGCAGGAUCAUCACCCUCACAUGGAGCCCUCCUCGAGCGUGAUCAUCCCAGAAAAUUCGGGGAGCCACUCGUCACACAGGAUCCUCAACCUUCCAGGAAGUUACACCCGUGGAAUGACCUUUCCCUUGACUGCCCAGCCAAUAGACGCAAAUACGACGGCCGAACCGGACUACUUUUCUUCCCCUGCCAUCCCCUCUUCUCAUCCGCCUGAAUCUUCAAAAUCCGCAGAAAAUAGACAAAAUUAUUCCAGAACACAUUCUCAAUCGCCUUCGCGUGCUGCGAGCAAGGGUUCCGGUCCGUCGAGUCUGACGCUGCAGCUCAGGAAACACAGCAACCCUCCCUCGACUCUGCCAUCGCGAGAGGUGUCUCCUAUGCGUAUCGAAAGCAAGUAUACCGUCGUCCCAGACUUGACGAUCUCCACCCCCACCACCACCACCACCACUGGAGGAGACACCACGCCCCGACUGCAAGCCACCGACGAUGAGCACCGCAAGAUUUCACAGCACAUUGGCCGCCUGCCCAUCCCAGACCUGUUGCCAACGGACAUUACACCACUCCUUUCCAACCAGACACUCCCAACUUACACCAUACCCCCUCGACCAGAUUCGGCAGACGCGCAUUCAACAACACGCGCGCGCCUAGAGGCUCGCCGCGCCAAAUCCCUCAACAAACGUUUCCGCCUCGCCCUGCACAGCAGUCUCGACCACGCCAAAUCCGCAACGAAACCAAACUUUUGGCUUGACCUACUUUCCCGCUCAGUGGCGGUCCUACCCGCAGUCUUUCUCGGUCUAUUGCUCAACGUACUCGAUGGCGUCUCCUAUGGCAUGAUUCUGUUCCCGGCGGGGAAAAUGUUUGAAGGAUUCGGUCCCAUGGGCGUAUCCCUCUUUUUCGUGACGGCCAUAAUUUCCCAAUUGGUCUACACAUUUGGAGGAAGUGCCUUUGCGGGGGGCAAUGGCAGUAUGAUGAUCGAAGUUGUGCCCUUUUUCAACAUUAUGGCCACCCAAAUUAUUGACAUUAUUGGGGAUGAUGACCCCGAAGGCGUAAUCGCCACCACGCUCGCUGCUUUUUCGUUUUCCGCCAUUCUUACAGGCAUCGCAUUCUUUAUUCUCGGCAAGUUCAAACUAGGCUCAUAUCUCUGUUAUUUCCCGCGGAUUAUCCUCCUUGGUGCCAUCGGAGGCAUCGGAUGGUUUCUUAUUGAAACUGGUUUCGAAGUCAGCACUGGCAUGAAUGAGGAAGAUUUUAUUAUAAUCCCAAUCGUUUUCUACAUUGUCGUUGCGGCUGGUCGAUUCGACCUCAAGCAUCUUCGAGCCACAGGAUGGCUCUUCGACGUCGGGGAUGAGCAUGUGCCAUGGUGGAAGAUUUAUACCUACUGGGAUCUUCGACGAGUAAACUAUAUGGCUCUUCUGCAAAUCAUGCCCACCCAGAUGGCCCUACUCUUUUUCAAUCUUCUUCAUCCUCCUCUCAACGUACCAGCUUUGGCCGUGUCACUGGAUCAGGAAGUCGACACAGACCAUGAACUGGUCUCACAUGGAUAUUCCAACUUUCUCGCCGGUCUCUUUGGAUCGGUUCCUAAUUAUUUGGUCUACGUUAACACUGUUCUAUUCUAUCGCGUCGGAGGUGGCACAAGGCUCGCCGGUUUCCUCCUCGCAUGCGUAACCGUCAUCAUUCUGAUGGUUGGCACCGCACCUAUUGGAUAUCUACCCGUCAUGCUAGUCGGGGCACUCAUUUUUGUACUCGGUAUUGAUCUCGUUCGGGAAGCGUUAUGGGAUACACGCCAUCGUGUCAGCAAGACGGAAUAUGUUACAAUUCUCAGCAUUAUGGUCUGCAUGACGAUCUUUGACUUUGUUGUUGGUGUAUUAUUCGGCAUUGUAUUGGCUUGCUUCUUCUUUGUUGUUCAGACGUCGCAGAAUCGGAGUAUACGCGCACAAUAUACAGGCGACACCGCGAUGUCUACCGUUAGACGACCCUCCGCCCAUAGACGGUACCUGCAAGAAGUAGGCCGACAAACAGCUAUCAUCAAGCUGCAAUCAUAUCUAUUCUUUGGCACUAUCAAUCAUGUGGAGCAAACCGCCCGCGAGAUGCUCGAAGCUGGACGAUGGAAUCACAAUCCAAUCAGGUUCCUCGUUUUGGAUCUCUCACUCGUAUUUGGGGUGGAUCUCUCUGCCUCGGAAGCAUUUGUUCGGCUGCAACGCUUGUUGGCAGCCAAGAAUGUCAUCCUCGUUCUCUGUGGAUUCUCCAUGGACUCAUCAGUCGGACGUGCGCUUGCGAGCGUCGACCUAUUUGACAACGACAACGUCGAAGUCUUUGCAGAGAUCAACGAGGCUAUGGAAUGGACAGAGAAUGUCUAUCUCAAGGCUUGGUUCGACUCGAUCAAGGAAGAACAGAAGGUACCCGAGGCCAAACCAAUCGCUCUUCCUGGCCGAGCAACAAUGGCAUUCUCAAUGGGCGAAUCGUGGCAACAGUCACCGCGUAGAUUGCACAUACACGACGUUGCUGGCCGAUUAAUGCGUUCUAUUCUCCACGAGAGCGAGCCUGAAAACGAUGACAUUCCGGAACCAGCCCCCACGUUGAUGAAGACGUUCUCGGGGUAUGAGAGCGAUCUUACGCCAAUGUUCUUCGUGCCCAUUAUCCGAUACUUUGUCCGCGUUCCGGUCACCGAAGGUCAGCAGCUCUGGACGCGUGGCGACCGACCGGACGGAAUCUAUGUCGUCGAAUCUGGUGUUUUACGUGCUGCCUAUCACUGGGACAAUGCGGACGACAUCUCGGAAUCAAUGGUCUCCGGUACCUUGGCCGGUGAACUUUCUGGGCUGGCAAAUAUGCCGCGUAAUGCCACCGUUGUCGCCGAGAAGAAUAGUGUAUUGUGGAAGAUGUCAAACGAGAACUGGGCAUUGUUCAAGGAGGAGCAGCCAGGACUCGCCCACCGAUGGGUGGAGUUGAUCCUCAGAGUUGCAAAGAGCGACUAUGAUGUACUGAUUUCGGCUUGUUCUCGUCGCUAG